AAGGUAGUUGUUACUGUAAAUGAAGUGUGAGGAGAGAGAGAGAGAGAGAGAGAGAGAGAGAGAGAGAUCUCCUGCAAAACACGCAAAGGAAGCUGCUGAGUGUACUAGAAAAAGUGGGAGCUGAACUCAGUGCUCUCUCCUACUUCGCACUCAUAGAUGCACAAUCUCCAAGCCAACUUUUCUUCUCUCUCUCUCUCUCUCUCUCUCUCUCUCUCUCUCUCCUGGUAGUUGUCACGGAAUUCUCGAGAGAUCACUGAACCGGAGCUUCCGAUUUUUUUUUUGGCAGUCUUAUUUUAGCUCGUGAAUCCGUUUGCCACUCUGCUAAUCCGUGAAAAUUUCACGGAAUUCUAGAUUUUAUGCUGAAUUUUGAACCCUCAAUCUGGUGGUUUUUUGGAUCUGUUUGUUUUAUCUGCGAGUAAUUUAAAUACAAACUAAAUUGGAUUUGUGCAGAUAGUAGACGAGCCGAAAAAUGUAGUCUAGAAUGUGGGAGUGAUUGAUUUUACUGCUAAUGCAGUGAAAUUUCUGUAAAAAAUUGAGAGUUUUCGACUACUUCAAAAAAAGCCCUAAAUUUAGAAGGGAUGAAGCGGAGGUCGAGUUUGCAGAAAUUUCAUCACAGAUGGAGGAGGAAAUUCUUUGCUUUGCUUUUAUUUCUGUUUUGUGUAGCAACAUUUCUGUUGAUGGAAGCGGAGCACAGUAGAAUCAAACUGCUGACGUUCAUAUCUCCGCCUUUACGAAAACCGAAAAUCGCUUUCCUUUUCAUUGCUCGGAAUCGAAUUCCACUUGACAUGGUUUGGGAUGUGUUUUUUCAGGGUGAUGCAGAGAACAGAUUUUCUAUCUACGUUCAUUCGAGGCCUGGGUUCUUGUUGAACACCGCAACAACAAGAUCCACAUUCUUCUUAAAUCGUCAAAUUAAUGAUAGCAUACAGGUAGAGUGGGGAGAAGCAAGCAUGAUCCAGGCAGAGCGUAUUUUGCUUCAACAUGCACUUAUGGAUCCUUUUAAUGAGCGGUUUCUUUUCCUCUCAGACAGCUGCAUACCUUUGUAUAAUUUCAGCUACACGUAUGACUAUAUAAUGUCUACCUCAACUAGCUUCGUGGACAGCUUUGCUGAUUCAAAAGAAAGUCGUUACAACCCGAGAAUGCAUCCAGUGAUUCAUGUUGACAACUGGAGGAAAGGAUCUCAGUGGGUUAUACUGACCAGAAAACAUGCUGCGAUUGUGGUUGAAGAUGAAACUAUAUUUCCUACAUUUCAGUUGCAUUGCAAGAGAAAGUCUUUACCUGAAUUUUGGCGGGAUCGUCCAUUACCUGCUGAUGGAUCCAAGGAACAUAACUGCAUACCAGACGAACAUUAUGUUCAGACGUUGCUUUCUCAAAAAGGCCUAAAUGAAGAAAUUACUCGAAGGUCACUGACUCACAGUUCUUGGGAUAUCUCUUCUUCGAGAGAUAAUGAGAGACGAGGAUGGCAUCCAGCCACUUACAAAUUCGGUGAUGCCACUCCGAUGCUUAUCCAAUCCAUCAAGGGUAUAGAUAACAUAUAUUUCGAGACGGAAUACAGAAGAGAAUGGUGCACCAGCAAGGGAAAACCGUCUCAAUGUUUCCUUUUCGCCAGGAAAUUUACACGACCUGCUGCUCUACGGCUUCUUAAUAUGUCUGCUUUGGGAGUUUCUGGCGAAGCAACGGGGGGCCUGAUAUUGUGAAUAAACUAGAAAGUCAUUACACUAGUAAGAUGAAUGUUUGCAUUAAUGUUGUUAUUGUUGUGUAAUAAAGGUGAUCAUAGUAUUAAUAAUGUGUUACUUAUUUACUUUGAGAUGUGGAUAUUAAUAUAAUUAGUUUAUUUGCUCCCUUAAUAAUUAGAAAAUGAGGGGUUACUUA